AUGCAAUCCAAUAACAAUAAGCUGGCCGAGUUACACAAGCCGUCGCAGUUUUUCCGAGCGCCAGCAAAACUCUGCUGCUUUAUCCGCAAAACUAUAAAUAAACACGCGCAGAAGGAAAAAGAUAAAAACAAGGGCAAUUGUCUCGUUCUCCAAGUCUCGAGAUAUUCCCAGCGCCUCGGCAUCGGCAUCUCACGUCAUUUCGCGACUGCAAAAGGACAGGCUAGGCCACUUUCGCGCUUCCUCGACCCGCUAAGGCCAUUUCCCAUCUACAACUUCUUCUCAGCCAAUCCGUCCAACUGCGUAUAUCUACGGCGCCGAGCCUCGCCAUUUCCUCCCUCGCCAUCGCCAUCCGAACCGGACACGACACGACACGAGAAACGACCGGUGCAGAUCCAUUCGCCUGCCAUGUACGCCAACAACUACGGCUUUGGCAAUGCCGCGCCCAACUUCAACCCCGCGGGCACACCGCAGCCAGGAAUGCAGCCGGGCCAGCAGGUCAUGUUCAACCGCCAGCAGCAAUUCGCCGGCAUGGCUCCUCAAGGGGCGUUUCCUGGGGGGAACCCGCACAUGGUUGCCGACGCCAACUCGGCCAACUCCAUGAUGCAGUCGCAAGGCAUGAUGCCGUCGCAUGGCAUGCCCGGCAUGGCGCCAAACAACCAGAUGGCCUACCAGCAACAAUUCCCCGGCGCGGCGUACGGUCAAGUCCUCCCCGCGGGCGUCGGUCCUCAGGGCUUCGUUCCGAAUAACUACAUGAUGGGUGCCGGGAUGCCGGGCUUUCCCAUGGGCCAGCCCGGCAUGCCUCAGCAGCAGCAGAUGAUGAUGCAACGAAUGCAACAGCAGCAACAAGCCCAGCAACAGGCUCAACAACAGCAAGCUCAGCAGCAGCAGCAGCAGCAGCAGCAGCAGCCGAACCAGGCCAUGGGCCAGGUGUCGACUCCCCAGAGACCCCCGAGCACAGCCCAAGGAACGCCGACAAACAUCAUGCCUCCCCAGCAGCCUCAGUUCUCGACUCCGCAACCCAUGUCCCAGGGACAGACGCCGACAAAUCAACAGCAGAUGGGAUUGAACACCCCCCAGACACCGACGUUUUCCUCCAAUCCGGCCAGCGGCAUGGCUGGUCCACCAACGGGUGCGGUACCUAUGAGCCCUACAACAGAGGCUCUGGAAAAGGAGAGGUUCGCCCUGCUGUUAGACAUCAACCACGAGCUACUGUACGAGUCGAUCCAGAUCCAGACAACGCUACAAGAAAUGAAAAAGGAGUUUGCCGCUGUCAAUGGCAAUAUCCCAGACAGGAAACCUUCCGAUGAGGAGAACCACUUCCAGCAGGACUAUCUGCAUUGCAUGCGACGACUACAAGCCAACCUGUCGUACAUGGCUGCACUAGCAGAUAGGAAGCCAGAAGUCAAGGGACCGCCUUGUCCGGCAUAUCUCAGCGCACCUCCGCUGAACCUGACUCUCCGGCCCAGAGCAGUACCGAUUGGCGCCGAGAAUUCAACAACGCCUCCAGAUGCCGUAGCGGACAGAGAAGAGCGAAAUAAGUCGAUCCAGGAUCUGUAUCGACGACUACAAGCUGUCUUCCCCACGUUCGACCCCAAGAAGGAGCCGGCCUUCCGCACGGCGCCCUCGGGCCAGAAGCCGGGUAUUCCAAUGGCUCCGAGCCAGCAAGCCAGUCCCGCUGCCCAGAGGACGCCCCAGCUGCCAAAUAUGCCUGGCCCGCCAAUGAAUCUACAGCCCAACUUGGCUUUGCAGUAG